GUGCAUAGAGGGAACUCCAGCAAGGAAAAACCGGAUUAGAGGAAAAGUUUUCAUUUUUAUUUAUUUCAUUUUAAAAGAUUGUUUUUUUAAUUAGAGAGAAGAUGAAUGGUCGAGUCUGAGGGGCCAAGUGAUGCGAAUUCUGAGACCCAAAUCAUGAAAAGCAUGGAACUGGCAAAGUGGAAAGUAGAAAACAUAGCCCAUAAACCAUCAUCGUCCAUUUCGCUUCGUUUCAUUUGGGUGCCCUCUUUUUUCUUCUCUCCUUCACGAACUAGAGAGUGACCAAACUCGUUAUUCCUCCUUGCAGCUCUUUGUUCUUCGGUUUCCUUCAUGGUCAACACUGCAGCUCCUGUUCAAUCAUUUUUAAAGCUCUGAGCUUAAACGAAGUUGUGUUAGAUAUGACAUGAGGUUUCCUAGGUUUCUUAUAUGACCAAUGUUUGUGGCGCCGGUUCUUUUAGGGGAAGUAGAUCAGCUUCAAAGAUUGCAGCUUUUCAUUUUGCUUAUUUUCCAUAUUUUAUGAGGGGAAAGAUAUUAGUUGCUUAGUAGGGAUACAAAGACUUGUCUCCACUGCAUCAUUUUCACUGUGAUGCUAUAUCUUGUUUCAUAUAAUUAGUGUGAAUCCUUGUCACUUAUGGGGGAUAUUAGGAUUACCCGGGUAGAGCAAGGUCAAACAAAGAUUAAAAAUGUCCCAAUUGCUGUCACCCCUGAAGGAUUUUGGUGUUGCCCUACUCCUGUUGGGUUCCAGAAAAGCCUGAAGCCUCAAAACCCUUUGAAUAAACUCAAACCCUCUCCACCACCUCCAAAGACCAGUUCCCAGAAGAAGGAAGUCUCGGUGAGUGAGAGAAAAGCAGGGCCUGCCCCAUCAAGGUUGGUGGUUUCUGAUGUUCAACAAUGUAAUGAUGAUCCAGAAAGACCUCCACCCAGCCCUUCUGUGCCUGCACAGAGAGCACCUAGACCCAAACUUGAAUCUAUGCCAAAAAAGGUGGCUAUUGAGUUUGGUGAACCCGGAACUUGUGAUAUCAAGCUUCUUCUCCUUGGAAAGCAGGGAUUUUGUGUGAAGUUAAGUGUUCACAGGGAUGUUUUAAAGGAGAAGAGUAGUUUCUUUGCUGAUAAACUUUCUGAACAAUCUGGUUUGUCAUGUCUCCAAGUUGAUGAUUGUGAGGAUGUUGAAAUAUAUGUUGAAACUGUUGGGCUUAUGUACUGCAAAGAAAUGAAGCAACGGCUAAUGAAGCAAAGCGUUUCUCGCAUUCUUAGAAUUCUUAAGGUUGCAGAAUUCCUUGGUUUCAGCUCGUGUAUCCAAUCAUGUUUGGAGUACUUGGAAGCAGUCCCUUGGAAUGGAGAGGAAGAAGAAGAAAAGGUGAUUUCAACAGUUCUACGACUCCAAGGAGAUGGAAUCGGGGUCAAUCCGGUGCUAAAACGAGUUUCUCCGGAUACUUCCAAUGUCCCAAAAGAUACUCUCUCCCACAUUGUUGAACUUGUUCUGAAAAGCAAUGAGGAGAGAGGUCGCCGAGAGAUGAAAUCCAUUGUUCUAAAGCUGCUUAGGGAGAACAAUAGUCUUCCAAGUUCUGCAGGUUCAGUGGAGAUCUGUAAUGACAUGAUUUACAAGUCAUGCAGAAGGUGUUUGGAUUCAUUAUUGUGUGUGUUCAACCAAGCUGCAGAACCAGAGUUCAAAGACAUGCCUAGCGAUAACAAAGAACCUGUAAUAAAACAUAUAGCUCUUGAAGCCGAUAACUUGUCAUGGUUGCUGGAGAUUUUAAUCGAUAAACAAGCUGCUGAAGAUUUUGCAGUGAUGUGGGCAAAUCAUCAGGAAUUGGCAGCACUACAUGGAAAGCUUCCAAUUGCGUUUCGCUAUCAUGUCAGCUGCAUUUCUGGAAGAUUAUAUGUGAGCAUAGGAAGAGGGGAGGUUCUGCCAUCGAAGAACACACGCCAAUUGUUGUUGCAGACAUGGCUGCAGCCUCUAAUCAAUGACUACAACUGGUUGCAGCACGGGUGCAGGACAUUUGAUAGGAAACUUGUGGAGGAAGGAAUUGGAAGAACAAUUCUGACCUUGCCUUUGGAGGAUCAACAGAGUAUUUUGCUUUCUUGGGUUGGAAGCUUCUUGAAAACUGGUGAUGGUUGUCCCAAUCUUCAGAGAGCUUUUGAGGUGUGGUGGCGAAGGACUUUCAUAAGACCCUAUGUGGAAGGCCAAGGUACUGCCAUGCCAGAUGGUUGAAUGCUGCUGUCAAAGCACCAUUUGAUGUGUUCAUGAAUAGAUCUUAAAAUGGUUUUGGAUUUUGAGUUUCUCUUUUAAGGUGACUAUUCCAAGGAAUUAUAAAUGAUGUGUUGAUUUGCCAUUCUGGUUUACCUCCACCUGCUAACCUAACCAGUUUCAUGUAUACAAUCACUCAUGGAAUUGUAACUUUUAGUAAUUAUACAAAUACUAAAGAUUUUUAGUUCUUUUUUCUAAAA